AUGACAACGAGAUUAGGUGAGGUAGAACGACAACUGAUUCCCUAUUUAAGCGAGAAAGAUGCCCACAAAUUUUUGAUGAUAAGAAAAUUGGAUCAGCAGCUGUUUCUUAAUUAUACAGCCAAUCCAUUUUCUAUUGAGAACCCAAUCUUGUUCCCCCAAAUGAAACAACAGAAUCUGUUUACUCGAGACGAUAUUGAAUUACCAAAAAUGGAUUUUUAUAUUGUUCAUUAUCAAGUUGAAUACUCAGAGUUCUUAUCCAAAGCCAAGGAAAACCACAUCUACAAAAACGUCGUAUUCUCACAAAACGAUCGAGAGAUUUGGGAAGAGAAUCAUCUUGAAUCUCUACGAGAAGAUGAUGAGGAUAGCGAAGCCGAUUCUUUGGAAGACCUUCAAAAGUCAAGAUUGGUCAACAUCGAAUUACCUCUUAACAUCAAGUUACUCAGAAAUUCCGCGUUUGAGAACAGUCUUAAUUUGAGAGUUGUCAAAAUGGCCGACCAAAUCACUCACAUUGGGAAUAACACGUUUAAAGGUUGCGCUCAACUGAGCAAGAUCAACUUGUCAUCGAAACUUGUUUCUAUUGGCACCUCGGCGUUUUACAAGUGCGUCAACUUGAAGAAAAUUGAGUUCCCAACAUGUUUGGCAUAUCUUGGAGAAUAUGCUUUCGGCCAAUGCAAAGCGUUGACUGAAGUUGGGUUUAAAGGGGAACAUUUGCACUGCGUGUUGCCACUUUGGCUGAAGAACAAAUUACCUUCAAAUGUCAAAGUCGAUUAUGUUGGGUUUGACAAAGACGACAGAGCUUUGUAUGAAAAAGCAAACGUUGACAAACUGAUUGAUGAUAACAUUGUUUCUGUUGUCAUUCCAAACGGAGUCAAUGUAAUAGGAUCAAGCACUUUUUGUGGAUGCCAGUUGUUGAGCCAUGUUGUUUUCCCGAACAGCUUAGUGUGCUUGAAAGAUUUCUGUUUUAGGGAAUGCCGAGCGUUACAAGAAGUCGUUCUUCCACCAACGUUGAAGGCGUUGGGAUAUCAGGCGUUCUUUAAAUGUCCUCUUUUGAAAGAAGUUGUGAUUCCCCAAACUGUGUUAUGCCUUGGUGAUUGUUGUUUUGGGUGGUGCAAAGGUUUAAAGAGGGUGAAACUUCCAUUUGCGCUGAAGAGCAGUGGGAUGAACAUAUUUUGGGAGAGUCCCGCAGUCUUAAAUUACUAUUAA